AUAUAUAUAUAUAUAUAUAUAUAUAUACACACACACACACACACACACACACACGUACACACACACAUAUAUAUAUAUACACACAGACACAUGUACAAUUGUACAUGCAUACAGACACACAAACCCCCCCCCCCCCUCUUCCCCAUAAAAAGUUGCAGUACUUCGUUGUUCACUCACAGAUCCGGGUACUGCAUUCUAGGGGGAGGCAGAGAGCACAGCACACACUCCUUGCUUUGCUUUGACUGCGCUCAGCUAUUGAGCAGUCUGACGGCUCCCAGUGCCAAUGACAGAUCCGGCCUGAACAGCAAGAUGGCCCUGGGGGACACACUCGCCCCCACCAAAAAUUUCCACUCGCCAUUGGCGAGCAGGCGAGUGGAAAUUUCAAGCCCUGGUACACACCAUUGCAGU